AUGCUUAAUGGACGUGCGUGUUUGCCUUUUGCAGAUGGUUCGAUCGAAUCGCCGUCGCAGAGCGGCAACCUCAACUACUGGGAACAGCCGUUCUCGCAGCCUUACUUCGACAACGCCACUAGACGAGACGUGACCGCGACCGUGGGCCAGAUGACGUACUUACACUGCAGGGUCCGAAAUCUCGGCGACCGAUCGGUGUCGUGGAUCAGGAAACGUGACCUGCACAUAUUGACCGUUGGCAUACUAACGUACACGAACGACCAGCGUUUCCAAUCGCUGCACUCGGACGGGUCGGACGAGUGGACGCUCAGGAUCACGUCGCCGCAGAUCAAAGACUCGGGGACGUACGAGUGUCAAGUGAGCACCGAACCGAAAAUCAGCCAAGGGUUCCAGUUGAACGUAGUCAUAUCGAAGGCCAAGAUCAUCGGCAACACGGAAAUGUACAUCCGGAGCGGAAGUGACAUAAACCUGACGUGCGUGGUGCUGGAGACGCCAGACCCGCCCACCUUCAUCUACUGGUACCGAGACAGGGACGUCAUAAACUAUUCAGGCCGCGGUGGCAUCAGCGUGGUGACCGAGAAACAGACACGGACCAGCAGGCUACUGAUAUCCAAGGCCCAGCCACCCGACACUGGCAACUAUACAUGCGCUCCUUCCGCCUCCGACUCAGCCAGCGUCACCGUUCACGUCCUAAACGGUGAACACCCGGCGGCCAUGCAACACGGCAACAGCAGCAACAGUGCGGUGACCAGACUGCUGCCGAUUUUCCUGUUGUUCGUGUGCCAUUCUAUUCAGGUGCUGUUGGUCACCGACGUGUACGUGCCGGCCCGCGUCGUCAAACUGACCAGAUGA